AUGGAGAUGAUUGUCCUUGAAGAGGAAUCUGAGAUCUCAGUGGUUAAUGAAAACCUCCAUGAUGCCUCAGCCAAGAAUGCUGCAUCAAAGAUCCACUUUGUUGAAGACAAUGACAGGACUGCUGCAGUGCCUGGUCUUGAAGGAGUGGGGAACAGUUGCUGCAGAGAUACUGCAGUGUUUCUAGUGUGUUUUGUCUCUCUGACUGGACUCAUACUGUCUGUUUCUAGUGUUAAUUUGUUUGUUUAUACGUCAAAGACAGUUACCAGACACAACUCUGAGUGGGAAUCAAAGACAAACCCGUUACAGACCAGUUACAACAACAACCUGAUUAAAGAAAGAGACCAGUUACAGACCAGUUACAACAACUUGACCAAAGAAAGAGACCAGUUAAAGACCAGUUACAACAACUUGACCAAAGAAAGAGACCAGUUACAGACCAGUUACAACAAGCUGGCUAAAAAAAAUGGUGAUCUUCAGAGAAAGCUUGAAGGUAUUGAGGCCAGUUGCAAAAACCUGACUGAGGAGAGAGAGGAACUGAAGAAGAAUCUGCAUGACUUUGCUUCAGAAGGAUGGAUGUAUUUCAGAGGUAGUUUCUACAACAUUUCUUCUACUGAGAAAACCUGGGCAGACAGUAGAGAUGACUGUCGUCGAAAAGGUGCAGACCUGGUGAUUAUCAACAGCAAAGAAGAACAGGAAUUCACAAGACAAUUCCAGAAGUACAUGUGGAUUGGCCUGACUGACUCGGAGACAGAGGGGGUGUGGAAAUGGGUGGAUGGGACUCCAGUGACCAAAAGCUACUGGGGUUCUGGGGAGCCUAACAAUAAAGAAGAUGAAGACUGUGCUGAAAUAAAGUAUCAUGAUAAGGAAAGCAGCUGGAAUGAUGCAAAGUGUUCCCUUUUACACUUAUGGAUGUGUGAAAAGAAAGUCCUUCCAUAACUCUGCAUCCACAGCCAUCAAACUCAGGACAAUCAGUGCAUUUCUCAAUUUCAGCUGAACAUUUGAGGAGAUUUCACUGUUUUCCUGUUGUUUUGGAGUUUCAGUGUGAACUUUGAUCUUUGAAGCAACCUGAAUAUUCUCAUGUGGACACACACACAUUAUUUUUCAGGUGUAAAAAACCAAACAGAUUUAAAACCUGCUCAUGACUAAAAGUGGCCCAUUAACAUACAUAGAAACAGCUGUUCUUCUAGGUUCACUGCUUUGGCGGCAGAGAAUAAUGAAACAUGCUGUACGUUAUGCAUGCUUUGACUCAUUGCUGUAUUAAUGUCUGCUGUGUCCUCAUUAGUUGACAUCAUACACUGACUUAAAUCUUGUGAUAUCUACUUCCACCUCAGUCUGGCUAAAUCACUGCAAAGCCAAUCACCAGGGCCCAGCUGUUCAGAAGUACUCUGAUCUGAUUUCGGGUGUCAGACAGGAUCAGAUCUGGGAAAUGGGUUGGCAACAGUGUAUCUUGACACUAUAUGCAGCCAUGUUCUCAUGAAAGGAAUGAGAGUGUUUCCUUUUAGGGUGUUUUCAACAGAGAAUUGGUGCCUCUGCUAUGAAUAACCCACCCCUCCACUGGUGACAAGCUUCUCACUCCAUCUUUAAGGUGUCUGCUUUUAAAAAGUAUGAACAUUGCUUUACUGACAUGGUGAAAAUUGUAUCAUAUGACUUUCCUCUUGUUGAGUACAUACUACACAAUAAGUAUAGGCAAUGGUUUCAUUUUUGUUGUCUUUUCUAUCAUUACGCCAUGUUUCCUUUAACUCUGUUGACUUGAUAUCUAUUUACUGGAUUAAAACUGACUGACUACGCAGAAGGGGCAGAAGCAGAGAAGGAAAAAUUUUGACAGACAGAGAGUGAUCCAUUUCUGACUAAGUCAAAUUUCCAACCCUAACAGUGAUGACUUGUUUUGUGUUUCAACAGCAGAUAUUAUUCUGUGUUGCAUGGUG